CCGUCUCCUCCUUGUAUCUCUCCUAUUAUCCCCUCUCUCUCUCUACAUCUCUCUAUAUUGCUUCAAACCCCCCUCUCUCUAAACAUCAUACAUGGCGAACAACAAUGGUGUAUCUUCGACUGGUUUGAUCGUGAGUUUCGGUGAGAUGCUGAUCGACUUCGUGCCGACCGUUUCCGGCGUGUCGCUGGCGGAGGCGCCUGGAUUCCUUAAGGCUCCGGGAGGAGCUCCGGCGAAUGUGGCGAUCGCCGUCGCCAGGUUGGGAGGCCAGGCGGCUUUUGUAGGAAAGCUCGGCGACGACGAGUUCGGGCAGAUGCUGGCCGGGAUCUUGAAGCAGAACGGCGUCACUGGAGAGGGUAUACUUUUCGAUCAGGGCGCUCGGACGGCGCUGGCCUUCGUCACUCUACGCUCCGACGGAGACCGCGAGUUCAUGUUCUACCGGAACCCUAGUGCCGACAUGCUCUUGAGGCCCGACGAACUCAACCUCGAACUUAUUAGAUCAGCAAAAGUAUUCCAUUAUGGAUCAAUAAGCUUGAUUGUGGAGCCAUGUAGAUCUGCACAUCUAAAGGCAAUGGAAGUGGCAAAGGAUGCUGGUGCGCUGCUCUCAUAUGAUCCCAACCUGCGGCUACCAUUAUGGCCGUCAGCAGAGGAGGCGCGUGAGCAGAUAAUGAGCAUCUGGGACAAGGCAGAGGUGAUCAAGGUCAGCGACAACGAGCUCGAAUUCCUUACUGGUAGUGAUAAGAUUGAUGAUGCUGACGCAAUGUCACUUUGGCAUCCUGGCCUCAAGCUCCUACUGGUUACCCUUGGUGACAAGGGUUGCAAGUAUUACACUAAGAAUUUUCAUGGAGCUGUGGAUGCAUUUCAUGUCAAAGCUGUGGAUACAACUGGUGCUGGUGAUUCGUUUGUAGGUGCACUCCUCGUCAAGAUUGUUGACGACCAAUCUAUACUGGAGGAUGAAAAGAGGUUGAGGGAAGUCCUGACAUUUGCGAAUGCUUGUGGAGCCAUCACCACCACCAAAAAAGGAGCUAUCCCUGCUCUCCCUACUGAACCUGAUGUCCUCGGUCUCAUCAGAGGGGAAUAGGCUUAACUUUUUUUCUUUUUUUUUUUUUUUUUUUAAUUUUUAGUUUGAGUUUCUUUUUCCAAAGGAGAUGCUUGCAAUUUAAUUAAACUAGCUUUGAGGUUUUGAUUUCUUUUCUUUUGAUUGUAAUGAUGAAAUAGUACUUGUGUGCUUAAAGGUGUCAUUAAUAAAAAUAAUUUCAUCAUUCUUUCCAAGUUGUAAUUUUAAA